AAUUGUUGUGAAGAUCGGUGAACGCGCAAAUAAAAGGUCUACGAAAAAAUUUCGUACCAAAGACAAAUGAAAAGCAAACAAUAUAUUAGUAGCCAUAAGAUCUAAAUGAACGCACACAAAGUCGAUAAAUUCAUAAGAGCUGGCUGAAGAAAUGCUAAACAAACGCAAAUAAAAGCAUUUGAUUCAAUUUGUAUGUAUGUAGGUGUAUGUAUGUACUUACUACUAUAUGUAUAGCAUGUACAUAAUGUAAAGUUAUUUAUGUGAAUGCGAAUAAGACGACACUAAGAGGCGGUAAACGAAACAAAGUGUUCAUUCGAAAGGCAAACGCCAGCAGACAGACGAGCAAGGAAAUAAAAAAAAAAAAAAACAGUAAAAACUGUGGAAAGCUAUCUUGCAGAUGCGGCAAUCGGGUUUAAGAACUGCUGCAGUUUUCUACUUUAUUUUUGAAUUUAAACGCGCUUGCGCUCGUUAAUACCGGUAUUUCGGCGUAAAUGAGAGAAAAUGUAAGCAAAAAUAAAUGGAAGAAAAUAUAAAUAAUACAAAAUAAGUGUAAUGCAAUCGAAGUAUGCAGAUAUUUCAACUGAAAUUCGCAACUUAUUAAUACACAAGGCGGCAUAAAGUAGGACGAAGCGCUGUUGAGCAGACGUAUACGCCGGAACUUUCAACUUUAACUGCAAGUUUUUACACAUAAAAAGUAAAGUAAUCGUUUUGAAAAGUAAAGUAAUUGUUACUAAAAGUAAAGUAAUCGUUUUCAAAAGCAAAGUAAUCGUUUUCAAAAGCAAAGUAAUCAUUAUUGCACAGCAACUUUUGAAAUUGGCUAACCGAAACACAAAUUGAAGGUAUCACUAGCAGCACGUGCUCUAUGCAUACAUUAUUUAAAUUGCAAACGGUAAACACGAGUUUGACGCGAGUACACAAACGUAUGACUAAAGGUCACGUGAUUGCGGUUAAUUAUUGUUGCAAGUGAAAAGCAGCGCUCAUUUAAGCAAUUCACAGCCAAUUUUCGAUAGUGUGAAUUUCGCAUAGCAUUUCACUUUCAAUUUUUCUUUAAUUGAAGAAGCGGCAAUUUUCCAACGCAACCAUAUGUUGAACUACUGAGGGCAAAGCAAAAAAGCAAAAAUCACGCAGCCUUUUAAUUGAAAAAAAUUCAAAUAAAAUAAAAGCAAGGAAAAUAGAAAAAUAGAAAUAAGUGGGAGUAGACAGCAAAGUGCGCGCAGCAAUAGUAUUGAGUGAUAGAAGGAAACAGACGAAAACAGCAAUAACCGCAGCUACGAGAGACGGGUCUAUUGGUGACUGUAGUGUAAUGGUGAAACCGUUGUUGGUUUACUUUUAUCAAUACGUUUUUGACUGGCUGGAUUAUUGGCGAUUUCAGUGCAGCGGCAAUUGCAGUCGAAACAGCAACAACAACUACAGCAACAAAUACAAUUUGUGGCGAUCAUUUGCAAGGCAAGCAAUUGCAAUAAGAAUACUACACGUCACACCGUAGCCGGGAGGCAUAUAUGGACUCUGCAUAAAUUGCAUUGCUAAAUUUAAAGUGAAGAACGUCAGAAGCGCCAACAUUCAUAAUAAUUAAGAAUUAAGCGAAACGAGCAAUGACUACAACAACACAAGCCGCGGCUGAAGCUGACUGAGCAGCUUUUGUGAACGAACGCAGCUAUAUUUGCUUGCAAGAAGAAUAUUUUAAAGAAAACGCGCACAGUUAAUGCAUGAAAGCAAAUUUCGAGAGCCAAAUCGAGCAGAGCAAAAAUAAGGUGCAUUCAAAAUACACACACACACACACACAUAAACACUUAAACUUGCAAAGUGUAAAAAUAGACACAUUCCCGAUAAGCGAAGACGAAAUUAAAAAAAUAAUAAUAUAUACAUAAUAAUUAAUGCAACUAAAUAACUGAAAAUUAUAUAAAUAUAAUAAAGAUAGCAUAGCCAAAACUCACCAGCAACACUGAACAUUUUAGCGGCGUUUUGAGUCCAAGAAAAAAUUUAUUUUUAUUUGCAUUUAAUUUGCGUGCCUCAACUAAGCAACGUAGCACCGAUAAUCGCCUUGCACUCGUUUUUUCUGCUUCUUCUUCUUAUCGUUGCACACAGCACACGUGCCAAAGGACAUUAACCUGCAAAAGUCGACACAAAAAAUAGGAAAUAAAAUUAUUAUUGAAAAGUAAAUCGCGCAGCUUUCGCACGCAAUUGCAGCAAUUAGCAAAGAAUUUGAAAUUCUCGAACAUUUUCAGCGAAAAUUUAAAAAACAGAACAAACGAGUAUUUUCAAUUUGGUUGCGGAAAUUUCACAUUAAAUAUUUCGGUGUUUGAUCUCGAAACCCGCGCAACUCGCACACUGACCUAGCCUAACGUGUACCAGCGCCUUCAAAAAACGGCAAACACACAGCAAAUACAAGAAAAAAUAGUGUCUUUGUAGCAAAAAAUAAAAAAAAGAAAUAAAAAAACAAAAAACAAACUUAUCGAAAUAACAAAGCAUAAAAAAAACAAAACGUACCAAGUGGCACCAAAUUUAGUAAGCAAAAUUUGUUAGUAAAAAUAAAUACUGUGAUUUUGGAAAAAAGUGUAACUUAAAAAUUAUUCAAAGUAAAACGUGAUUGUUUUUAUAUAAUCCAACGCAUUUAUAAUAAAAAAAGACGACUUUUCUGAUCGCGUGUAAUAUCGAUACCUUUUCACUCACCACAAAAAGCAGAGCAAAGUUCCUAAACAACGAUUAAAAUGGCUUUGCACGCACACAGCAUCAACACGGUGCGCUCGACCACCAGCUUGAGCAACAUGAUCAACAGCAACAGCAAUGAUCUGGCCAAUGGCAACAACGACCGACGUCAUAUUGUUGACAUUCUGGUUGGUGUUGUUGCGGUGCCGGUGCUAAUACUUUUUGCACUGCAGUUGGAAAAGAAUUUACAAAAUAUGACCAACAGUCCAUGGUUGGUAUUUGUGCUGGGCGUGGGCCUACUAAUGGUAAUCAUGAUCAUUAUCGGUUAUGUAACACAUCGCUUGAGCGUCUGCUGUUGGACGGGACCGAUCGAUGAGUUGGGCAAUCGCACGGAUGGACGCGGCAUGCCACAUAUCAACACACAAAAUGAUAUAUUGCGCAUCUUGGACAGCCUGCCGCCCAGUUAUGAUACGGUGGUGAAGCAUGAAAUUCCGCCACCACCCUACGAUUGUGUCAUUGUCAAUAUGGAGCAGAGCAAGGAGCAGCAAGCCCAACAGACUGUGAACACCGUUGCAACUACAAGCAACUCUGCCCCAGAGGCUGGUGCCAAACCGACAACAGCAACUAACGCGACUGUGCUACAUAUUUAAGUAGAGUUGGCAGUUCUCCAAGUUUUUUGAAAAAUAUGGCGCUCUUGCAGAACGGCUAGCAAUUAGCUUUAUGGAGAGAGAAAUCAAAGAGAUCGACACCUUUGCAGCAAAAUUGAAAUAAGAAGACAAUACAAGUAGUAGUAAAUAAAUUUAAUAGAAGGGGGUCCAUCACCAGAAACAUAACGUGUACUGCCAGCAUGUUUUUCAAAUUUCCAAUUGAGCACUUUAUAAUUCUAAAUGAAACGCUUUCCACUACCGUUCAUUUGCGCAAAAGGCAGGCUUUGCAAAGGAUUCACAAACACACACACACGCUUUUCGGGCUGCUUGGUAAUAUUUUCUUAACUUGUAUUAAACUGUGGCCUUUUGAAUGCAAUAUUUUUCCAUCGCACCGGUUUUUGAAGAAUCUGCAACUGAUGCGUAUGUAAACUGUACUUCGGACGUUAAACUUAGUUGAGCUAUGCAAUAUGAAAUAUUGCAAUAACUUGUAAUCAAAUACCUAUUUACAGUAUAAUAAAUAUAAGGUUAUAGUUUUUUUAUACAAAAUAAACUGGUU